AUGCCGCCUAAAGGUGAGAAAGGGGCCAAGAAGGCCCCAAAGGUCAAGCAGAUGGAGCUGCCAAAUGCUGAGGCGGGCGUGGUCACUCGAUUUCCUCCCGAGCCAUCAGGAUACCUGCACAUUGGCCAUAGCAAGGCAGCCCUGUUGAAUGACUACUUCGCACAUAUCCAGUAUCCUGGUGGCAAAAUGAUCCUCAGAUUCGACGAUACAAAUACAGAGAAAGAGAAGGAGGAAUAUCAAGAUGCAAUCAUGGAGGACGUUGCCCUGUUGGGUAUUAAGCCAGACAUGAUCUCAUAUACAUCAAAUUACUUCGAUGAGAUUGACAAGUAUUGUGUCAAAAUUAUCCAAGCUGGAAAGGCCUUCGCAGACGAUACGCCUGGCGAGGAGAUGAGCAGGAUGAGAAUGGCACGCGAGCCAUCAGUGCACCGAGAUGAUAGCAUCGAGGACAACCUAAAGAGAUACGAAGAGAUGAAGACAGGCUCAGAUGAGGGACGCAGAUGGUGCAUACGUGCCAAGAUCUCAUACGCCAACGAUAACGCUUCCCUUCGAGAUCCUGUCAUUUACCGAUGUCCUAAAGAGCAGAAGCCACAUCACAGAACUGGUGACAAAUACAAAGCCUAUCCUACCUACCAGUUUGCUUGUCCUGUGGUCGAUUCGAUCGAGGGAGUUACGCACGCCUUAAGAACCACAGAGUACAAUGAUCAGGAUGCGCAGUACAAGUGGAUCCUGAAAGCGAUCGAGCUGAGAGCACCAUACAUUUGGACUUUCAGCAAGAUUCAAUUCGUCCGAACACUCAUGUCGAAACGAAAACUGACCAAGCUGGUGGACGCAGGGGUUGUAUCUGGCUGGAAUGAUCCACGAUUUCCCACCGUUCGAGGUAUUCGAAGAAGAGGUAUGACCGUAGAAGGUUUACGGGAUUUCAUGGUUAGUCAAGGACCGAGCAAGAACAUUGUGAACAUGGACUGGCAUACUAUCUGGGCUAUGAACAAGAAGGUCAUAGACCAGGGAGCUGCACGAUAUACAGCCAUCGAUACACCAUACGUAAAGUGCAAAAUCAAUGGUUUGGAUAAGGCUCCAUACAGUGAGAAGCAGAAGCUACAUGCAAAAUUCGAGCUUGGGGAGAAAGAUGUAUGGUACAGCGAAACUAUUGCAAUGGAACAGGAGGACUGCCGGACAUUUACAGAGGGCGAGGAGAUUACGCUGAUGAACUGGGGUAAUGCCAUUGUCAAGAACAUCGUGAGUGCAAAAGCCAAUACAGAUGAUCUAGCAGGUGGUGUCAAAGUGUUGGGCGACGUCGAAUCGAUAGAGCUCGAUCUGCAUCUUGAGGGUGACUUCAAGGCGACAAAGAAGAAGGUCACCUGGUUGUCGCUCGACCAGGAUCUCGUGCCAGUUGAGUUGGUCGACUUCGACUAUCUGUUGAACAAGGAGAAGCUCACUGAGGAAGAGGAGAAAGAGUGGGAGAAUUUCUUGACCCCAAAAACCGAGUUCAAGUCAUCAGCUGUUGCAGAUUGCAACAUCUGGAAUAUCAAGAAGGACGAUAUCUUUCAGUACGACAGGAAGGGCUAUUAUAGGUGCGACGUGGCGCCAACGAAAGAGAAGCCAGGUGUUUUCUUCAAGAUUCCGAGUGGAAAGAAGUUUAUAUGA